AUGGAACUAUCAGAUUUGCAAAACAACAAACAGAAGAGAGGCACCACCACUCUUCCCCACCACCAACACCACCAACAACAACAACAACAAGAAUCUUCACCUUCAAAUUCUCAUUCUCAGCAACUUGUGGUCCCUUUUGAUGGAAGGUCAUCACCUUUUAUUAUGGGCUCCAUCUCCAAUAUUCAACCUUCUUCAAACUCUUCAUCCUCUUCUUCUUCAAACUCUUCGUCGUCUUCGGCUUCGGCUUCGGCUUCUGCAACUACUCCUCAUCUUAUUGACGCUUCUCUGGCAAUCGCCACCAGAUCUGAACCUCCGGUACUCGACUCCAACACUCAGAUUCAACAAUUCUCUUCUUCAUCCACAGCCGUCACGGUAGCAAAUCCUCCCAAACGAUCCACCAAGGACAGACAUACUAAAGUCGAUGGCCGGGGACGAAGAAUUCGAAUGCCGGCGACCUGUGCAGCCAGAGUUUUUCAGUUGACCAGAGAAUUAGGUCAUAAAUCCGACGGUGAAACAAUUGAAUGGCUUCUCCAGCAAGCGGAGCCGGCUAUUAUUGCCGCCACCGGCACAGGAACAAUUCCAGCUAAUUUCUCAACGCUCAAUGUUUCACUUCGAAGCAGCGGCUCCACGCUGUCGGCGCCGCCGUCGAAAUCAGCUCCUCAUAGUUUUCACAGCGCGCUUGGACUGGCGGCGCACCAUCCGUACGAAGAAGCUGCCUACCAACACCAACACGCGCCUCUUCUAGGGUUUCAUCCUCAUCAACACCAGCAACAUCUCAUGAACGCCGAUCAAAUCGGUGAAGCGCUUUCGAAUGAGAAUUACAUGAGAAAACGCUAUAGAGAAGAUCUUUUCAAAGACGAUAACAACAACAACAACAACGAAAGCGGUGGCGAUGGUUCUUCUUCUCCAAAAAAUUUCAAAACAAAUCACCAGCAAGACGGUAUGGGUGAAGGAGAAGGUGGUGGAGUUGGAGCCUCUUCAUCUUCUUCUCCUGGUAAUUCUAUUUCUGGACUUCUUCGACCGUCGAAUAUGUUACCGGCAACGGCCAUGUGGGCCACCGCAGGUAGUGGAAGUACAAUAUGGAUGGUACCAGUGAGUGGUGGUGCUGCAAACACAAAUUCAGAGACACAAACACAAAAUAUGUGGCCUUUUAGUCCUCACACUCAGUCUCAACAUCAAGCGAACACUACUGCAACUCCAUCUCAGUUACAUUUCAUGCCAAGGUUCAACGUUCCUCCCGGUGGCGGAGGCGGCCUUGAAUUCCAAGGUGGACGCGGCGGUUUACAACUCGGUUCAGUGUAUCAACCAUCACAGCAUCUUGGAUUAGCAGUGUCUGAUUCAAACUUGGGUAUGUUGGCUGCUCUUAAUGCUUACACGAGAGCUGGUCAUUUCAAUGUUAACAACUCUUCUUCUGAUAAUCAUCACCAUCACCACCAUUCAAUUUCAAUGGACUCUCAUCCUCCACAACCUAAUGAUGAAAGUGGAGAAGAUGCUCCUAAUAAUUCUCAAUAA